UCAGUGGCCCGGGUAAUCGAACGAGAUGAUUGGCUGAGCGAACCAAGUUGCAGUGGGCUAACCACUGAGUCACCGCUCACGCGGUGAGAGCUUUUAAUUCAAAUCAAAUUCGUCCGUAGCAAAGUUUUUUUUUUGGGUUGACGCGUUCUAAAGUUGGGCAUGUUGUAAAGCAAGCAAGCCGUGUUCCCCGAGUAUGUUGCAUUUUCACAGGUUAGUGUGAAGUGCCCAUUAAAUAUGCAACGCGUUUCCAUGCCGUCUGUUGAAGGCGCUCGGGUUUGAAUUAUAUCGAGGGCGGACGAGGAGGGAGCCCCACGUGGAGCGGCGAGUGAGAAGCCGGGGUGAGUGCACAGCUACCACCACCACCCCAACGCCUUUGCUCAAUCCACCACUGGAUACAAGACGUUUUCCCGAAGAACAACAUCGUUCACCUCUGCUGCGAUCUGCUGCUGCAACCCUGCGGAGAUGGCGAAUAGGAUGACGGUGUCGUCUCUGCUCAGCCUCUUCGACCAGAUCGUCAGUCAAAUGGAGCUGCUCAGCUGCGGCAUGGAGCCCGAGUUCAUAAAGCUUGCGCGCAGCUUCCAGGAGUUCCAGGUGCGCUCGCGAAACAUGGGGCAGCUGCUCGCUGCCAGGGAGGAGCAGCUGGCCCAGGCUGAGGCGGAGCAGAAAGCGCUCGAAGUGAAGCUGAAGCACGCGCGCAACCAGGUGGACGUGGAGCUCAGGAGGAGGCACAAGGUGGAGGCCGAGUGCGAGAAGCUGGAGAGUCAAAUGCAGCUGGUGAGGGAGGUGCUGAUGCAGGACUUCAGCCAAAGCCGUCUGCUCUUGAACGAGGAGCAGAGAACCGCACUGGCCUUCCUUGGUGGAUGCGGCCCGACUUCCACCACUCGCAAGUCGCAUGGCAGGAUGUCCGCAAUCAGGGAGUCGGUGCUGUCUACAUCCAUGCUUUCCGAAAUCAGUUAUGAUCACACAGACGAUGACUGGGAUGCUGACACUACACAGAGGGUUGAGCAACGGGCAACGAGAAGAGAAAGGCGGAGGUCUCUCGGGGUCGGGCAUCCAGAAGUGUGGACCAUGCAGCCCAAAAGGUCCUGCGUGCCUGGAGAGAUGCCCACAGCAAAGGCAUUCAGUGACAAGAUAAUUUACCAGGGUGAGGGUGAGGAGAUGGAUCUGAACCUGACGGGGCUCGUGCUGGACACUGACAGGAUCCGAGCUGACCCCACGCAGCUCAACUUGAGCGUGGAGAUGCUGUCCAGGCGCCGGACGAGCCGCGGCAGACGCCUCUCCGCUCUCAUUGAGCAAUCCACCAUGGAGAACUGUGGAGGGGAAACCUUGCAGGGUACUGUGUCCACGCUGUCCAUGAAGAGCAGCCCCCCUUUUGGCACGGAGUUGGAACGACAGCACUCCUUUGUCCCCAAAACGGUCAUAAAGCCAGAGUCGUGUGUGCCGUGCGGGAAGAGGAUCAAGUUCGGCAAGUUGGCACACAAGUGCCGCGACUGCCGCAUGGUGGCGCAUGUGGAGUGCAAGGAGCGCUGCCCACUCCCCUGCGUGUCACGCCCGCUGGCAUCGGCAUCCGCCCACCCCAGAGAGGGGACCGUUGCAGACUUCUCGCCACCAACUGCGCCCAUGAUCCCAUCCUUGGUGAUACACUGCGUGGAUGAGAUUGAGAGGAGAGGGAUGAAGGAGGUGGGCCUGUACCGCGUACCGGGUAGCGACCGUGAUGUGAAGGAGCUGAAGGAGCGCUGGCUGCGAGGGAAGGGCCUCCCCGCGCUGGCGCGUGUGGAUGACGUGCAUGUGGUGUGCGGCCUCCUCAAGGACUUCCUCCGCAGCCUCAAGGAGCCGCUGCUCACGCACCGUCUGCACCACACCUUCCUCGAGGCCAUUGCAAUUUCAGACGAGGACAACCGCGCGGCAGCAAUGUACGGAGCCAUCGGGCUACUCCCACAGCCGAACCGUGACACCCUGGCCUACCUGAUGCUGCACCUGCAGAGAGUGGCGGAGAGCACGGAGUGCAAAAUGAAUCAGUCCAACUUGUCCCGGGUGUUUGGACCGACGCUCGUGGGCCAUGCCACUGCCAACCCCGAGCCCAUGGUCAUCAUCAGAGACACGCGGCAGCAGCCCAUGGUGGUGGACCACUUAAUGUCGCUCCCGGCCGAAUUUUGGCAGCGUUGGGUAACAUUCACAACAUUUGUGGACAAAGAAAACAACGACAGCUCAACGGCAGCCGUCAUCUCCAAUGUCUACGCCAGUGUCUGCACGCCCCCGUUGAGAAGCCACUUCGGAGGCAACUUGCUUGGCCCCCUGGUAAUACCGGAUACACCAAAGAUUUCGCCCCAGACCAAUCGCAUGCACCUGAGCAAGAUCCCGAUCAACACGAUGAAUUCUGGAAAGAAUAGGCCGAUGCCUUCGGGGAGGAAGAUCGGAAACUACUGGUCUUCUCCAUCCCUCACUUAAACUCUUCAGUCCCGGUGCACAUCCGUUAACGAAUUCCACGGAUGGACCUUGGCCUGGGACUUUUAUGAUUGAAAAAUUAUGGAUGCAGCUUCUGUUUGUGCUGCCAUCAAAAUGAACAGCAAAUAAAUAACAAUACUGAUUAGCAGAGGUGGGACAAAGUCAUUGUUAUGCAAGUCCAAGUCGAGUCUGAAGUCAUCAAAUUCAUGACUCGAGUCUGACUCGAGUCCAAGUCACAUGACUCGAGUCCACACCUCAGCUGAUUAGUGCAUACGGGAUCCCCAAUGGUGUUUUCCCUUUUCGUCACUCAAAACAUGUGUGCUUAAUGCCACUUGUGGUUCCUCGGCUGUGAUGCAUACAAUAAUGUGUGUGUGUGUGUGCUGCCAUUGUAUACGACCAGAUUGUGUGCUACAAUGUACAGUGUCACGGUCAAGCCGAGAUGUAUGUAGUUCCUGCUCAUUGUGUGCAUCAAUCACGGUGUGCACGGUGUAGCACUGUAGCAAGUGCACAUGUUGAUUUGCUGCCAAUUAUCACGUGUUGGUGUGUGCGGUGUACAGUUUGUAUUAGACGUGUGUGUUGAAGUGCUGUAGCAAGAGAGGGCACACUUUAAAAGUUGAACUUUUUCAUAUCACGUUUUUUCUUGCACAUAUAACAACUUGGAACAGUUUGUAGGUCAAUGUAUUUAUUGCAUUAAUAAUGAAGUGUGGCUGUUUCAACCAGCUCUAUUUUUAGCACGUCGCAAAGUAUUGCCCCGAUCGCGUACUCAAGUGUUUGGUAUCAUCCAUCUGUUAUUAAAGCACUCCGUACCCAGCGCAGGCAGAGGUGCAUCAGUUCGUGUUUUAAAAUUAAUGCACACAAAGCAGCACAUGGGAGUGUUAGUCUGUGACCCUGAAUUCCUAGACAUGUAGCCUGUGAAAGGUAUUUUCUGUGUUCUGUUUGACCGUAGUCUGUAUUGUUUACACAAAUACUAAUACUUAAUUAUACUUGAAAAUG